UGCGAGAAGGUUGUGACGUUACUAUCUUUCUGCUGAGUCAUCGGUCCGAAUCCUUUUCAAGUCGAAUCCACUUGAACGCCUCCUUGUUCUGCGCCUUCGUUGACACGGGAAACCCAUGUUAUGACGAAAUCAGGACCGCCUGUCGUGACACCCCCAUUAUCAACAUUGAAGCAGAAGAAGAGGAAAGUUUUUCAUGAACACGGCAAGGAUUCUUUGGAGCUAGCGGUGUCAAUCGGCAAGACACAGGAGGAUAAAGCGUUGCUUAAGGCUGAGAGACAUCAUCAACCGCAGGCUGGUCAGCCCCGAUCCGUGCGUACACAUCAAAAAAGCAGGACAAAAAAGAAAUUGGUAAAUCAUCAAAGACUGUGCGUGGUGUGCAAUUAUUUUUUACACGGUUUCUAGGAGCAGGUAAAAGCUACCAUCGCGAACCAGCGGGCUCGGCUGAAAAGGGAGAAAAUAAAAAAGCGCAAAGAGCACCCGGGGCCCGCGGUCCAUCAAA